AUGGCCGCCCUCGCGCUGGGCCAUGGCAUCCGGGCGGCCGAGUGCCGCCUGGACCUGGCGUGCGACGGCGCGAGCGUGAGCGUCAGAGCGGCGCCGCCGGGCAUGUCGGAGUCCGCGGGGGUGGUGAGGGUCGGCAUCGUCAGCGCGGGGGUCAGCGUGGGCGUGCAGGUCUCCCUCGAGGAGCUGCUGGCCGCGCUCUCCGCCCUCGACGACGCCCCGCCUGCGCCGCUGGCUCUGGCGACGGGCCCCUCCUGGGGCGCGGUGGCAGAGGUCGCCCCGGGCUCGUUCGUGGCCGUGGCUGGGGACGGAGACGUGCCAGAGUUCGACCCCUUCGAGCAGGCCGAUGCCGCGGCGCCGCUGGCUCCGGGCGUCUCGCCGAGCGGCGCGCUGGCCCUGGCCGAGCCGCUCGCCGCAGGGGGCCCCUUCGCCCAUCAGCUGCAGGACCCCGACGAAGAGCUUGCCGCGGCGGAGCGCGGUGGCCCGCCAAGGCGGCGGGCGCUGCUGGCCACGCUGCGCGGCCACUCCAGCACCGUCAGCGCGGUGGCCUGGAGCCCAGACGGAACGAGGACCUCUCGGAGGGGAAAGAUCGCCACGGGCAGCGCCGCCCACACCACAUGCAUAUGGCAGGCGAGCGGCCCCGAGGCGUGGCAGUGGCGCGCCGUCAAGACGCUGCGGGCGCCUCCGCCGCGCGGGGCGCCGCAGGGGGAGGUCGUCGAGGGCGUCACGUCGCUCGCGUGGUCGCCCGACGGGGCCCGGAUCGCAACCGGCAGCACGGACUCGACCGCCAGGGUCUGGCGCACGACGGACGCGGAGAUGCGGCAGUGGGACGUGGAGGGGCUGCUCUGCGGCCACGGCCAGGGCGUCCGGGCCGUGGCGUGGUCCCCCAAGGGCAAGAGGCUGGCGACGGCGUCCGAGGACCGGACGGCGCGCGUGUGGCAUGUGGUCAGUGGCGGGGGCUGGGAGGCGCUCGCGGCCCUGAAGGGGGCGCACGCCGACGCGGUCUGCGCCGUGGCCUGGGCGCCCUCGGGCAGGCGGCUGGCCACGGCGGGGGCGGACGCCCGGGCCUGCGUCUGGCAGGCCGCCGUGCGGGGCGGCAGCCCCGCCUGGGAGCUGGCCGCGACGCUCAGGAGCACCUGGCCGGCGUGGCGGCGGUGGCCUGGUCCCCCGACGGCGCUUGGCUGCUGA